AUGCCCCUCCUCCUGCGGAUCCGCACGCGCGACGGCACCGAGCGCCUGACCGUGGACGCGAACUGCACGCUGCGGCAGCUCCGGGAGAAGAUCGAGACCGAGUACGGCGUGCCGCAGGAGGACCAGACGCUCUCGCUCAAUCAGGGGCUCCUCCUCGCGAACGCGCGCGCGGAAGACUUCGACGACCUCGCGCCCGCGCGCGCGAAGGACGCGAAACUCGUCCGCCAGCUCGGGAUCGACCACGGCAGCAUCGUGUACUUGUCCUACUCCGUCGAGCGCGAGCCGACGCCGACGGCGGCGGCGUCGCAUCGCAGCGAACUCCGCGGAGGAAAGAUGACCGUCGAGGCGAUGAUCGCCGCGCAGACGCGCGUCGAACGCCAAGAGACGCCCAACUGCGCGUCCGUGUCGUUCGACGCGCACGCGGCGAACGCGUUCCAACAGUACGUCAACGGGACGUUAGGGUUCAACCAGAUGCGGUUCGGGUGGAUGUACGGCACCGUGAACGACGCCGGCGAGGUACUCGUGGACGCGAUAUACGAGCCGGAGCAAGAGGGAUCGGAGGACGCGUUUAUAAUCUCGGAGGGAUCCGAGGAGGACGCGCGCGCGGACGCGCUCGCGAGCGCGCUCGGGAUGCAGAAAGUCGGCUGCGUGUUUAACAUCACGACGACGAAGCCGAGGAAGUUUACCUUGAGCGCGUUCGAGGUGAGAGAGAUGGCGAAGCGGCAGGCGGCGGCGGCGGCCGCGGCGGCGGCGGCGGCGGCGGCGGAUGGCGCCGAGAAGAAGGACGGGAAGACGACGUUCGUGACCGCCGUGGUCAUGAUGCUCGAGGACGAGGACGAGGGACCGCAGGUAUCGUUCGAGCCGUUUCAGGUCAGCGAUCAGUGCGUCAGGCUGUACGCCGACGGGUGGUUCCACGACGAGCCGUGCGAGGACCGCGGGUUGACGCGCAUGACGAAAGAAGUCAUCGUCGCCGACGGCGUGAGCAAAGACGUGACGGAAGUCGACAACGACCGGUGGCUCGUCGCGGUGCCGAUCAAGGACCACAGCGGCGCGCUGAGCACGAAGUUCCCGAUCGAGAACCGUCUGCAUCCGAUACAGACCAUGGAGGAUCUGAAGGACUCGCUGUCGCAGAGCGGAAUGGAGUACUCCGCUCGACUGAGAGACUUUCACCUCCUGUUGUUCCUGUCGAAGCAUCUCGGGACGGACGACCUAGUCGACGUCGCGAAGACGGCGAGACGAGGCGGGACGAUCGCGGAGGGGUACAAGAUCAUCAUCGACUCGCUCGCGGGGUUGGGGUAGGGCGAGGACGGACGAGGGGAGAAGACGAGCGACGCGAUGAUCGCGAUCGUUUCGUUUAGUUUGUGACCACGUCGCGCGUGAAGUGAAUUGAAUGAAAACCCGCCCAUCAGC